CAUUUAAAAUGUUUCAAUCAUAACAGUUGAAUAAAAUAAACUGAGGCUUGCUUUUAUUAGGUUGAUACUCCAUUUGUUUCAUUUUAAGUGUCAUUUUGAGUUUGUACACACAAAUUAAAAAAAACAAUUAAUUUUGUAUAUUUUCUAUAUAAAAACUCAAUUAUCUAUACACAUAUCCAUAUUUCAACCAAUAGAAAAAUAAAUUGCUGAAUAAAAUUAAUAAAUUUUGCAUUGAAAGUCAAAAACGAAAUUUAUUUUGUAACGAAAAAAUUUCUUUACAACGACACUUAAUAUGAAAAGCGGAGGAGUAUUUAUUAAAUAUAUACUUUUAUUUUUUUUAAAGAAAAAAUAUCUACAAAAAAAGUCAUGUGAGUGUUUGGUCUAUAGACAAGGUCUAAUCCGUAACUAGAAACCCUUGAUCAGAAUCGAACCUAUCCCCUCAUACUCCGAUCUGUUCUUAGUGUUCACAGAUGCGGUGUGGAAUCCCUCAAUGGGAUUGGCGGGGCUCGGUUGGAUUGUUGAUGAUCAUGUUUACAGCACCGUUUGUAUCGUCGCGCCUCAUGGCGGAAUUCUUGGCAGUUCGUGCUGCCAUAACCUCUGCCCUCUUUCGUGGUCUUGAUUCCAUCCUGGUGCUCUCCGAUUUGCAGGUCCUGAUCAAAACAACCAACAAGAAGGAAAUGAAUUUGGAGAUCUUUGGAGUUUUACGAGAUAUCUAUUCUGUUUUUUCUACAUUUAAGUCUAUUGCGUUUAAGUUUAUCCUUUAGUUUGGACAAUGUUAUAGCGGAUUCUGUAGCCAAAUAAGUUUUAUGGACUGCAAGCCCGCUUUAAUUUCAUGUAAACCAGUUUGAACAAAAAAAAAAGACAAGGUCUAAUCCCUAUUUCGUUUGAUUGUGUUUUUCCUUUUCCUUUUCUGUAGAAUCAUGCAUAUAUGUUAUCAAUGUAUAGUUCAGAGGAUUACUAGUUAUCUAUCAUCGAUAAAAAAAAUUUCCUUUUAAUUAGAAUCCAUCGAUUUUAAGCUGCUUAAACAGUGCGAUGAUUAUAGCAUAACAUACUACUAAGAAGAUAUUCGCAUACAGUCAUGCCAUAGUUUAUUCGAGGUUGUUUCAGUGGAUUCGACACUAUCUGAAUGGUUGGUUUCUAUUUAUCUAUAACAGUGUUUAGGUGUUACGAUUAGUGAUUACUUAUAUUACAAUUCCAUUGUUUAUCUUUAAAAGAAUGAUUGAUACUAAGAUAUUUUCGGAAACAUCCACUAAUUAAGCUGUAAAGCAGUAAGGAAUACUGAUUAAGAAACACACCACCUUAAUUUGGGUCCCAACUAAUCAGCUAACUAACCAAUGCAAACUCAUAACUAGACGACUCGCUAUAUACAACCCUACUCUAUUUUUUUAAUUUUAGAGUAAAAUAUGGAGUGGAGAUAGAGAUACCCUAACCUUAUCUAUACGCAUAAAAUUAGAAUCUCUGCAUACACUUUAGGUGUCACAUGGAUAUUUCUUAUUGGAUACAAAUGUAAAUACAAAGAAGUCAAUAGUUUUUUUUUUUUUUGUAAAAGGGCUUGAAGUCAAUAAUUUGAUGUCAUAAUUUUAUAUAUUAAUUGUUGAUGUGAAUUUUUUUUAUAAUCAUAUGUUUUCAUAACUCUAGAAAAAGAUACAUUAACAUGUGAUAUAUUUCAAGCAUGUAAGUAAAUUUAGAAACUGAGGAAAUAGCUGUAUGUUUUAGAAACCAACAAACUGUAAAUGAUUUUGAAAUCUCUACAAUCGCAAAUGUUACAGAAAAAAUCACUACUCGAUUAAGAGUGUUUGCUGAUACAUUAAACAUUAAUCUCCUUUAAUAGCAAAACUUAUUUUAUCUAAACUUCUUGAGUUCAUAUAAAAUUUUGUUGAUGUUUAUAAAUACUUUUACAUCGCCUCAAUUACUUUAGCAAACGGGACGGAAGAAUACAAAGCAUAGCUAUCACGUCACGACUCCACACAAUCAUCAUGAAUGAUGAUUGAUAAACGUAAACGGAAUUCGUUUUUUUUUUCUUUUUCAUAUCAAAACAUCUCCAACCCAAUUCUUUUUUUAAUACUUAAUAAAGAAAAUGUAAAUAGAAAUAGAGAUGUGUUUUUGCUCAAAUUUAUUAUCUACUAAAUAAUGCUAUAUUUUUUUCAACUGUACAAGACAAUCUCCAAAUGUUUACUCUAUUUUUUUCUCUAAAAUAGAGUAAUUCUAUAAUAGAGUUGAAUGUAGUUCCAAUGGUACUCUAUUUUAGAGUGAAAAAUAGAGUGAUGAACAACAAAUAAAAAUAUUACUCUAUAUAUAGAGUAAAAAAUAGGUUUACACAAUUAUAGAAUAGAAAAUAGAAUACCAUUGGAACAUUUUUACUUUAAACUCUAUUUUAGAGGGAAAAAUAGAGUGGGGUUGGAGAUGUAACAAUGCUAGUUUUUAUCUUUAAACAUAGAAGACAAAAUAACCUUAUUUUAGUAUAAAAAAAUAUAGCAGUACUCUAUUAUAAAAAAAAAAUACAUUGGAACAAAAGUCUAUUUCUAUUCUAUGGUUUUUAUUAUAAAACAAUAAAGAUGGAAAACAAUAAAGAUGGAUGGGAGAGUGGUCUUCCAAAACACUCAAAAUGAAAAGAAAAAGAACUAAUGAACCAAAAAGAAUCCAAUACGCAAAAUAAUAAAAUGGAUUAUACGUCACACACAAUCCGCAACCUUAACUCGCUUGCUCUAUUCUAUAAAUCCUUUCGUCACAUUUCUCCUCCUCUUACCAAAACAUUUUCUAUUAGGUAAAAAAAAAAUCUCAAAACGACUUAUUUUGUUCUUUCUUUCUCUUUCUCUCGGUGUAGGAAAAUGGAAGGGAGACAAUAUUACGCUCCAAGAGAAAACGUAGACGGGAACAGAACAGCCAUGGGAGGACCUCACUCGCCGUGGCAUUCACCGGUUCCUUAUCUCUUCGGCGGUUUAGCUGCCAUGCUUGGUCUCAUCGCCUUUGCUCUUCUAAUCCUCGCUUGCUCUUAUUGGCGUCUCUCCGGUUAUCUCGACGGUGAGGAAAACCAGAGCAGGGAGAGAGAUCUUGAAGCCGGAGAUGCGAAACCUGAGAAGGAGGUGAAGGCUGUAGCUUUUCCGGAGAAGUUCUUGGUGAUUAUGGCCGGAGACGUGAACCCCACUUACUUGGCGACGCCGGUAGAAAAAAGCUGUACGUGUGACAAUGAUGAAGAUGAAGAUGGUGAUGACGUGGAGGGUAAUGAUCAGGUGGUGCGGCAGAUUAGUGAAAGUAACGGUGCGACACAUUGAGAAACAGAGUAUGUAAAAGGACAACCAGAGGAUCAUCUGUUUUGAACAGUUCUGAAGAACCUGUAUGCAUCUGACCCGGUUGCUUCUGUUAACCGGGCGGGCCAGAGCUCUACAUGAUGAGUCUGGCAAAUGGAUUUGGCUUGUGUUCUGAUUAACAAUGUUUAUUUAAUCUAAGCUUUUGCAUCAUUAAUUUGUCUAUAGCCUUUUUAUUUGUGAGUUAUCAUGGAAAAUUCCGGAAAAUGUAAAAUUCAUGAGACUUUCAAAUUUCAAUGGAAAUUUUAUUUUAUA